AAAUCCACAACUGACGACGCAAGAUGAUAUUACAACUAUUGCUAGUGUUCUACAUCUUCACCACAUGUACAACACCACAAGCAGUGACACCAAAUUGUGACCUUGCCCGCAGCUCAUUCUCCUGCUCCGACGAACAAAAAAAGCAUCUGUACGAAAAGUGCUUCACCACGAAAUUUUGCACAAAGAAAGACAACUUCGAUCGACAAACUCUGCCACAAUGUCCGCGGGGUUUCGUAGAUGCGAGCGAUUUCUGUUACGCAAUCACCAAAAAGUCGCCAUUUCCGCCAAAAUGUCCGUUCACAAACGUGCGGUCGAUGAAUUUCACGCACGUCGAGGAUAUCAUCAAACGGGACAAAAUCGGUGCUGUGUGGAUGCCGGUUCAGAGAAACAUCACCAACGGUCUUGGGUUUCUGCAAUGGGUGGAACAUACCAGAAGCUACAAAACAGAAUUUAGAGGUCCCAUUCGUUACGAAGGCGAACUUCAAGGAAAAGAUUGUCUUGUGUACAAUGCCUCCAGGAUGUUUGCUGUUUCCUGUAAGGAAGAACAUGCAGGUUUAUGCUUGUACGAAAAAGUACACAAUGCCGGGAGUAUUUUGUGCGGUGGUGAGACAAACUGUGUCGAAGUUACUCAACGAACUAACCCGAAAUGUGUCUGCGCGCGUGAGUCGUUCUCCCUCGGGGAAUAUGAAGAGGCCGAGUUUCUGGAUCCACAUGAAAAUAAUGUCUAUUCAUUAAUAGCACGAGAUAGAAGUUGUGGUAUCGGGAUUAGAAAAACUGUCAAUGGUACUUUCGCCUGGAACAACUCCAUGAGAGACAUCGAUUAUAGUUUUUGGUCCCCUGAAGCUACUUUUGGCGAUGACAGUAACUACGUGGUGUCAACUGGAAAUGGUUGGAUUUUGUCAAAGGGAUCAGUAUCGUGCACUUUGACUCAGAAAAACAUAGAGAGAUUGUCAUCAAGUUUAUACCUUAGUGUUUUCAAAGACAAUAUUUUACAUUUGACAGUCGUGUUCCCGAGUGGCUUACAGACAGACGACGAACGUCAGGAUCCUCUAGUUUUUUGUUUUACUGAUACCGAUCCUAUAAGUUUGCCCUAUCGAUAUCCACAGAUAAACAUCACGGAUAGAGGUGACACUUCAAUCAUAUACCAGUUCGAGUCUUUUGGAAAUGUACCUGGUCGCUACUGGUGCGAAGCCUUUACGUAUCCAGAUUCAGAAACUCUCACCAGCAAUGUAAUUUUUGUGAACCCAAAGAAUCCUAACUUUCCGGAUCACUUUGUAGGCACAUAUUUACUAAACUAUACCACAGAAAUAAAUCCUUUAAGUUCUGAUAUCACUAACUUGAUGAAGUCAUACGUACUUAGGAGCAAUUGCUUAUACCAGAUAAUCAAAAUUGUAGACUUGGAUGAAAUCAAUAAAGUCGUUUCGAUCAAGCUCCGUUACAGCUGCCCAAGUGAUAGCUUACCCGAUAACUUAAAUAUCCAGAGAAUUAGUUUACAAAAGGUAGAUUUCUGUCCAAGAGUGGUUGAAAACGACGUGAUCUGGAAUGAAACCAGAGCAGGCACUGUAGCCAGUCCUUCAGAACCUUGUUUCACUCAGAAAGGUUAUGAUUUGCAACGACCGUGUGUUGAGGAUAGUUUCAAUGGAGCCUAUUGGGCUAAGGCAAAGUGCAACGUCCCGAAGAAGUCUUCAGUAACAAAGCAGUUGCAGGAAGUAUUACCAAACGCCAGCAAUCCAGAUCAAGGUAUAUCACAAUUGGAAACUAUAUCACGAAAUUAUGCACAGUUCAAGGCUGUCGAUGUGCUCAUUGUUGGAGAAACAUUGCAACAGUACAGUUUUACUCAAACGUCAAAUUGUGUUGAUAAAAUGACCAAAAUUAUUGAUAUAGGAGACAACAUAUUGAACAUUGAAAGUGAUAUUAUAAUGGAGUCACAACAGAAAAUGCAUGCUAUGGAUGUUUGGCUAAACGUGAUGAGUAACAUUCAAAACAUUUGUCGCAUUAAAGACGUUUUUAAUCAUAUCACCAAUAAUAUUUACUUCAUGAGUUCGAGAACUACAGCAUGGUGUAGAACAAGUCCUGGUGAUAAAAGAAAAAUAUUUGUGCAACAUAUCACAGCUUUGAGUGACAUAUUAAACAGAAAAGAGAUAGAAAGUGCCAUUUGGAUAAACACAUCUUCCGAUCCUACUCUUACGACUGAAAGAGCGUUGAAGUACUAUCCAACGCAAGGUUUUUUUUUUGAUAAGUCUGAGUUAGGAAAUGUUAGUUACGUGUAUGAAUUAACUAUUUUUGACACCUACAUAGACGUGUCAUCACUUGUCUACCAAACUCCAGUGUGGCUCAUUCAACGGUUUGAUAUGGUUUACACACGUAACAGAAAAGUGAAAUGCGCCCGUUGGAACUAUGGAAAUGUGGCCGACAGAGUUGAAGGUUCGUGGUUGGUGGAUGGGGACUUAAAUAUAACCAAGACCCACUUUAUCUGCAAAUUUAGAACCGUGGGAACCUACGCCAUGAUAUUAGCACCUGAGGGUAACCCAGGAGACGAUUUGAAGGAACUACUAGAGUCAAAUAGCACAUCUUCCGAGAUUCUUUCAAGACUGGCUCAAGUCACAUCUACACCAAAGUCAUUUGUGUCUUCUGACGUGGUCCUCAUUGGUCUAAUCCUUCAGAAAAUCAGCACCCGCAACGACAUCAAUUUGGACCUCCUCAGCGAAACCAUCAACAACUUGCAAAAUUUCGACAAAACAGUUCUAGAAACAAGUCAAAAGGAGCGCAGUGCGACGGAUAGCAUUCUAUACAACAUUGACACAAUUCUACAGAAUUACGAGUGUCAAAAUGUGUGUCGAGUGACGAAAGACAACUUCGUGACCGUGAUCUACAACACACAGGAUGCUGAUUUUGGGGCCUUGGUGCUCCUGGAUAACGGCGAAGUGGAAAUUUUAACUGGUAAAGUAACACCUUCGGAUCUAACCCGUUACAAAAAUUUCGACAGCGCUAUUUUGCUGAGUCCCGAACUCAAAUCCCAGCUGGAGGGAGACGCGAAAGUGAUAGUUAGCAUCUUCCACAACGACAGUUUGUUUAUCGAGACGAAAAAGAGGUCCCAUUAUCGCGUUACGGGGAAGAUCUACAGCGUCAUUCUCCCCGAAAUCCUUGCCAACUAUUCUGGACCUUUGUCAGUCAUCCAUAGAAUGAAACCCACAACCCGGGAGAAGGAGUGCUCGUACUGGUUUUAUAAUCCACCUCGACACGUAGCAGGGUUUUGGAAAAACUACGCUACUGAUGCACGGAAUUCCCCUUGGGUCCAGUGCGACUUCUGGCACACUACGCAUUUCGGGGUUUUGUUGCUGGAGGAUUCGUAUGAAGAAACCCCAGCGUUGGACUUCAUCACCACAGCGUGCUGCUUUUUGUCUCUAUUUGGUUACUUUUCCCUACUUUUGACCGCGUUUCUGUACAGAAGUUGGAGGACCAAAGGUGCGAACAAAUUUUUGCUUAAUUUUGCGCUCUCCGGCUUAGUUCAAAUUUUGGUCUUCUAUGUUUCCACACACGCGAAUAAAAAGUACUUAAAUAAUCAUACCUUCUGUGUGGCUAGUGGCGUAAUUCUUCACUACUCCGUUCUAGUCCAGUUUUGCUGGAUGUUUAUUAUUGCACACCUCCAGUAUAAAAAACUAAUUCUGAAUAGUCAUGACCAAACUACUCAUUUUUUGUUAAAGAUGAACUUAAUGGCUUGGGGACUUCCACUUAUCGUGAUCUUGAGUGUCUUGACAUCUGGUGACUUCUAUGGUAACAAUAAAUUAGGGAUUUGCUACCCUACUGGAACCGCUUUAUAUUUAGGGGUUUGGUGGCCCAUUUCUAUAGUUGUCGCUAAUAAUUUCGUCAUCUACGUGUUCAUCAUCGAUGCGAUUCUUAACACAAAAGAUAGUUUGAAGCGUCACGGACCUGACGAUUCGUCUCGUCAUCUAGUACGUAUUGGGUCUCUUUUUUUCUUUCUGGGACUGACUUGGAUUUUUGGGUUUUUGGGAGAACUGUCACACAGUAAGGUUUUUAUUUAUCUUUUUGAUACUUUUGCAACGUUACAGGGAUUUGUUUUAUUUUUAAUAUAUAUCGCCUUUAGUAAGAAUGUCAAACAGUUGUAUCUAAACAAAGUCAAAAAGACGAGAAAACGUAAUGAGACCGAUAUUCUAAUGGGUAGUUAUUAGUUGUGAUACUAAUUUGUAAAAUAAUAAAUAGACAGACAAGUUUUCUA